GACAACGUCUUAUAAGAACUUUUCAUUUUUCAUUUCAUCUGUGGUCGUCAGCUGAAAAUUAUCGUGUGUUUAUGCGUAUUAAAUGUGUUUAUUUUUAUAUCGCUACAACUAGACAAAAUGGCAACAGGAGUAAAAACUCGUGAUGAAGAAUCAACCCUUACUAGGGCCGAUCUAGAAGCAUUACAAGAUGCGAUGAAAAAUAAGAAAUUUCGAGAUCUUCUUACCGAGUACUGCGAUGAAGUACGUGACCCGGCAAAUCAAGCAAUAUACCAAAAGGAAAUGACCCAACUAGAAAAGGAACGUGGUUACGACGUAACGUUUAUCAAUCCAAAGGGUGGUUAUGUCAUUAAAACAAGUGUGGCUGGUGACAGAAAAGCUUUUAUCAAUAUUUGCAGCAAUGAUAACGUGGACAAACCGUCUUGCACUGUUCAAGAACAAAACGGGCAGAAAGGAGUGAACUGGCAACUUCCGUAUACAAUAAUUCCACCUAGGGAAGAUUACAAUCAGAGAAGACAGCGCUGUAUUAUUUACGACGUAGUUUUUCAUCCUGAUACAUUGCGCAUGGCAGAGGUUAACAAACGGUUUCGCGAAUUAGUAAAUAAAACUGCCUUCGAUGGACUUCAGAAAACCUAUGAUAUUCAUUUCGAUAGUAACAACUGCCGUUUUCCAAAGUCAUCCUAUAAAGGUAUGACCGUACCGGCUGUUAUUAGAAAAGAAGAUCCCAACUUUAAACCUCCAACAGAUGAAGAGAGUCAAGAAAUGUCAGCAGAGAUCCUUGAUAAGUUGUAUCCUCAACAUAUAUACCCAGAAAGUAAAGAACAUCUACAAGAAAAAGUUUCUAAAGAAGAACAGCAUAGAAAAAAAGCAAAAAAUAGUAAAAACGAGUUCACCCAUUCCUCUAAUAAAGGUUAUACAGUACCCAAAUAUAUGAUAAAGCAACAACAAAAUGUAGAUUUUCAAGAUUAUACAUACCAUAAGGAUAGUAAGCAAUAUGCUGCUAUUCCAAGUAGUUUGACAGUUGAAAUUAAUUUACCACUUCUGUCAUCAACCAAAGACUGUGUACUAGACGUACGAGAAAAAAGCCUUACUCUGAUCUCAGAAAAACCUGCAAAAUAUAAGCUUAACGUCAACCUUCCUUAUCCAGUUAAUGAUGAGUGUGGAAAUGCAACAUUUGAUAAGUCCAAACAUUUAUUAAUUGUAACAUUGCCAGUGAUUAGAAAAAACUUAACCAGCAAACCUACUUUACUCAAGAGAGACAGUGGCGUAGAAAGUGAAGAUAACUCUAAUAGUGAAGAGGAGUCUUGUAAAAAAGAAAAUCUCAUUGAAGAAAUUACAUUAUCUGAUAACAAACCCAGUCCGACUCUAACCCAAGAAACACAAAUGUCCGAAGUGAACGAAGACUUUUUACUACCUAAUAUUGGCUUUACAUUUCCUCCCUAUACUUAUAAUGCGUUAGAUGAUGUGAUAGCAUUUACUUUUCACAUCAAAAACACAGAAACGGAUUCUGUUAAAGUUAAAAAUGUCGAAAACAAAAUAUAUAUUAAGUUUACUUCUAUUGGUUCAGGUUUUGUACCUAUACAUUAUGCUGCAGUCAUUGUAUUUGAAGAAGGUAUUAAUUUUGAGAGUGUUACCGGGGAAGCUUGGGACAAUAAUGUUAUUUUGCAACUAGAAACAACAGGAAAUGUUACUGAAAAGUUUAAGAUAGGCUUAAAUGAAAAUGAUUUAAAAACUGAAUACUUUGAUGUGUCUAAAAUUAAGAAACCUUCAAAAUUAGAAGAAGUCGAACAUGUUGCAACUUAUGAAGAUGUUAUAAGUCCUGUUGUUGAAGUUACUAAUUUGGCUAGAGAAACUAACAUUCUCGUUUCUUCUACUCCUCAUAAUGCUGAUACUGAAGAAGAACAUGAAAAAGAUAUUGUAUGGAUUGAGAGCAAAAGUUCAGAAGUUGGAGCUAAGAGUAUACUCCGUAAACCUAUGACAAGAAGUUAUUCCGAGUCUAGCUUUGGUGAUGUUGCAUCAUCUAUGGACUACAUCAGCUCUGAUUGUAUUCCUGAGGAGUCUAGUUUGAAAAAAACUGUUAGAUUUAGUGAUGUUAUUGCAAAACAAUUUUACAGAUACAAUUCUUCAAUAGAAAGUCAAAAACGUAAGAAUCAGCGUAAAAAGAGUAAAAAGCGCAAUUUGGAAAGGCGUAGAAGCGAGAGUGAAGCUGAAGAUGAAAUUACAAAUAUGAAUCAGUCAUCCAAAUCGAGGAUUAAAUCGGCACUUAAACAGAGACACGAUAGUGGAGUUGCAGACACAUCAGAUGCUGAGGAAUGUAAAUACACCAUGUCCGAUUGUGAUCUGCAGUACGAUAGUAAUGGAGAUGAAAAUGCUAACAAUGAGGUCAAUAAUACCAAGAAAGACUCCAGUUUCAAUACACUAGACAGAAAUGGUAAUACUAAUGAAAACCAUCAACCAAUAUGGAAGUCUAAUUCUAUAACAUACAGUACAAAGAAGAAAAACAAUAUAAAAAACGAAAAAGAUGCACCAGUUAUUUGUGAUACUAUUAAACAUAACACGAAUCUUUAUAAUCCGGAUAAAUUAAAUAAGGGAAAAUACUUGGAGGUUAAAUUUAAAAAUGACCUUAUAUUUGAUCUUGAUAUGUAAGAUGUAAUUCUUUGUUUCAAAGAUGAAGUUUUUUUUUUUAAAUAUCGCUGCGAUGUUUAUAUUUUUAAUAUUAGUAACCAGUGUUUUUUAGUUAUAGUUUGGCCUUUAAAAGGCACAUUUUUUCGUUUUCUUAAAACUUUCCAAUUAAUAUUUUGUUCCUCCUUAUUGUAAGAUUGUGUUCAUUUAUAAGCUAGGUUUAUGGCAAUGGCCUAUAUUAUUCUGCAUGUUGGUCAAUUAUUUAAAUAUACUUAACCAUGUUUAUUUAUUAUUUAGAGACAUUUUACCGCCAUAACUAUUUGGAAUUAAAUUUUUAAGGUUUCUUUUAAUUGCUCAUUUUAGACAAUAUAAUUAUAUAGUUAAAUACAGUGAAGGGUACAAAUUAGAUAUAAUCACAUAUGUUGCAAAGUCUGACACAAAUUCUAAUGAGUAAUUGAUUGCAAAAAUGCACAUUUUACACUUAUGUAGAGUAAAACAACCAGCUAAAUAUCUUAAAAAACUUGAAUUGUUUUAAUAUUUUAUAUACAUUAUACAUAUAUUCUCAAAAGUUUACAAAAAUGAUACAUGUUGUUAUAUAUCACUGGUUUAAAUAUUUAAAUAAAAGAAUUAAAAAUUCGGUUUUAUGAAAACUUGAAAUUUAUAUGAAAAUUUUAUUUAUAUUUUGCGUUAUAAAAUGAAAUCGUGGUAAACACUUGAGUUAAAUUCUCAUUAGUGCCUUUUUACGAAGUCCACAAUAUAAAAGCAAAACAGCAUAAUAACUUAAGCUGUUGUCAUGAACAUAUUGCAUUUACUUAGUUAUGAAAGGCAUGAUUAGGUCAUGAUUUUAGUUAUUAUGUAUAAAUCAAGAUUUAGGAUAAAAUAUUGUGGUGUUUCGAAUGUUACUUUAAUAGAAGUUGAAAAAUAA